AUGACAUCAUCUCUGCAAGAUCUUGACACGCUCAAGCGACAUGCCACCAGAGUAACGUCAGUGAUUGAAAUCCCAAUGCCUGGAAGAGAUAGAGAGCCGUUUAAAGUUGACCAAGUCGAAUACCGGUUCAAUCCCGAAUCAUUGGCAAUGGACAUCAUGAAGAAAUACAGGAUCAGCAGUAGUUCACUAUUAGAUGAGAUAUUCUCCUCAGCAGAGGAGGUGAAAGAGCUACUUUCAUCAAAAUCACCGCCCAUCUUUCAGGAACUAUUCUUACUGGAUCUUCCACCUGAGAUAAUCCACCGCAUAAUGGAGGUCGGAGAAGUUGAAGUUGCGCGUUUUCUUGGGGCCACUUGUCAAGCUUUGUAUGAUAUAUCACAGCCACACAAAUACAAGGAGCUAUUACAGGAUUUCAUGUUUCUCCUCUCCCGCACAGACAUUAUACGACGCAUUAGGAACCUCUCGCUGGUUAUUCAAUGGAGUUCCAGCAAGUUGGCCAUGGCAGGUCUUAACGCCGACAACCAUGAUGACGCUCAUGUCACAUUCUUCGCGCCCAUCUGGAAAAGUUUUGAGUCCGUUCUAGCACAUGCCUCAGACAUUGUUGACUUGCACCUCUCCACGACUGUCUCUCGCCAGAUGCUGUUGGCCAUGGCAGCGAUGACAGAUCUUUGUACACUGAAGUUUGUGGAUUGUCACUUGUCGACACGAUCCCAGACUCGUUUGCCUCGACUGGCUUCCGUGAUCAAUGCUUCGUUCAUGUUCACUUCCGACGACGACGACGAUGCAGACAUUAUUCUACUCCUAGUCGCUUUGCUGCCCAAUCUUCGCAUUUUAUAUGUGAACGGAACGUCCAGGAAGCCUUUCCGAAUGCAUCACAUUGGUUCCGAAACACGAGACAAAUCCCCUCGACGAAUUGAACGUAUUCACCUAGCACAUAUCGCGCAUGACCAACUACCUGUGCUGGGUCUCUGGAUUCGCCGAAUUGCCGAGGUUAACGGUGGACGAUCUUGCCUCACACAUUUCAAGUCACAGGUAGCUUCCGGAUUAGACAGGGAUGAAUUGUUCGAUUUGGUAUCCGCCCUCCGGAGUUCCCCCAUGGUCGCGCUGAUUCUUGACGGCUUGGCCUAUGUAGGACAGGAUUGA